AUGCUACGUCAGCCAGUUCCGGAACUGCGCAGUUUUCAGUCCCUCUCUAAGUAUGCAGGCGGACCAAGAUCAGUUCUCGGUCGGAGAACAUCAGCAAUCACAGUUAACCGACGGCAAUCACAAUCUACACGACGGUAUGAGGACGUGGAGUUUUUCGUCGAAGGAAUGUACCUUUUUUCUCUUUUCAUCUUUUUUCUCCCCUUAACACCGAGUACAUCAUUUUUCGUCGCCGCUCCUGGUAAAAACUCUAGUGCGCUGGGCUCGAUCGAAGGCUCGAAAGAAACUCUGCAGCUGUCGGAACACGGACGACUGGCCUCCUCCUCGGAGGCCUCGCCUUCGCGAUGGGAAGGUCGACAGAUCGAAUGGGGAAAUGAGGAACAAAUUGAAGAAGAGGAUAGUGAUCUACCGUAUCCGGGGUAUGUACUCCAAACCCAAAAAUUGUACGUUUUUUUAUCAAUUUAUAGGUUUGCCGAACCGGCACUUCGAUGUUUUUAUCAAGCACGACCCCCGAGGAAAUGGGCACUUCAGAUGGUAAUGAGUCCUUGGUUUGACAGAAUAACAAUGGCAGUGAUAUUAAUCAAUUGUGUAACACUUGGAAUGUAUAGGCCGUGUGAAGACGGACCUGACUGUGAUACGUAUCGAUGUCAAAUUCUCGACAUUAUCGACAAUUGCAUAUUUGUUUAUUUUGCUAUUGAAAUGGUAAUCAAGAUAAUGGCUCUUGGGUUCUGCGGACCUGCGGCGUACAUGUCGGAUACGUGGAAUCGUUUAGACUUUUUCAUUGUCAUGGCCGGAAUUGCCGAGUUCGUACUACAUGAAUAUCUCGGCGGUAACAUCAAUCUCACCGCCAUCAGAACUGUCCGAGUACUCAGGCCCUUACGAGCUGUCAAUCGGAUACCAUCUAUGAGAAUUUUAGUAAACUUGUUACUUGACACAUUACCCAUGCUUGGUAAUGUACUAUUAUUAUGUUUUUUCGUGUUCUUCAUCUUUGGAAUUGUUGGUGUUCAGUUAUGGGCGGGUCUCUUACGAAAUCGAUGUGUCAUAAAUCUGCCAAAGUCAAUAUCUGAAAAUCAGUCCGCGUUGUUUAAUAAUGUAAAACUGACGAGGUUUUACAUCCCAGAGGACACGUCGCUAGAAUACAUUUGCAGUCAACCAGAUGCAAACGGGUUACAUACAUGCUCAAAUUUGCCACCCUAUACUGUAAACGGCAUAAAGUGUAAUCUGACGAUAGAUGAUUACGACCUAGUAACGAACGACUCGUGUAUUAACUGGAAUGUUUACUACAACGAAUGUCAGGUGAUGCAACGAAAUCCAUUUCAAGGCUCGGUUUCUUUUGACAACAUUGGGUUUGCAUGGGUCGCUAUUUUUCUUGUCAUAUCACUUGAAGGAUGGACAGAUAUAAUGUAUUAUGUACAGGAUGCUCACUCGUUUUGGAAUUGGAUCUAUUUUGUUCUGCUGAUUGUGAUCGGUGCAUUUUUUAUGAUUAACUUGUGCCUGGUCGUUAUUGCUACACAGUUUGCGGAGACGAAACGAAGAGAAACUGAAAGGAUGCUACAAGAACGGAAGAGGUUACAGAAUCGAGACUCAAUAUCUUGUACUGGAUCUGACAUGGGAGGAGCAUCAACGAAGGAGGAAGGUGGUGAUACAGUAUAUGCUGCCAUAGUUCGAUUCAUUGGUCACACCUUUCGUAGAACUAAACGAGCUGUGAAGAAGAAGUACAAUGCUUAUAUGGAACAGCGAGCCGAGAGAAAAAGUACAGAAAGGAUGCAAAGAAGGAAGUCUAAACUGGACGAUAUGGCUACAUUAUCCCGAAUAGAAGAGAAGGCAGAAGACGAAGAAGACGAAAUCGCGACACCUCCUGAAAUCAAAGAAGAACCACCGGAAUCUAAUGGUGACGGAGUCCGGAAAAAGCGUGUAAAAAUUGACGAAGAGCCGCGGGUUAAAAUUGGUAACGGCAACUCCCAUGGUGCACACUAUAAACAUUCGGAUAACGAGGAUGACUCUGAUGAAAGCCAGAGUUGUGACGAGAGUUAUGAUGGAGAGAAAGCUGAAAAGAAGAGGAAACCAUCCAAAAUACGGUGGUUUCGUGACAAGGUUCGAAAAUUUGUGGUUUGCGAUCAUUUCACAAGAGGCAUUCUGGUGGCAAUUUUGGUGAAUACGUUGAGUAUGGGUGUCGAGUACCAUCAACAGCCCGAGAUAUUGACUGUCAUUCUGGAAUACUCGAAUCUGUUUUUCACGGCUUUAUUUGCACUGGAAAUGCUCUUGAAGAUUAUUGCAAGCGGUUUUUUUGGAUACCUCGCUGACGGAUUCAACCUUUUUGAUGGAGGGAUAGUAGCGCUCAGUGUCCUGGAGUUGUUUCAAGAAGGAAAAGGUGGUCUAUCAGUACUCCGUACUUUUCGUCUCCUUCGUAUUCUGAAACUGGUCCGAUUUAUGCCUGCCCUCCGAUAUCAACUGGUUGUGAUGCUCCGAACUAUGGACAAUGUUACUGUUUUCUUCGGACUCCUGGUGCUUUUCAUCUUCAUUUUCAGCAUCCUCGGAAUGAACCUGUUUGGGUGCAAGUUUUGCAAAGUCGAAGAGAAAUUUCUGGGUGGUCUCGCAAAAAACACGCUCGGAAUGGUACUGUUUGGUUGCAAAUUCUGCAACCAUCCGGACACAGGACUACAAUGUACUAUACCACAAGUCAAUUCGGCAAUUUGUGAAUGUGAUCGGAUGAAUUUCGACAAUUUUUUGUUUGCAACUGUGACAGUGUUCCAGAUUCUGACUCAAGAAGACUGGAACAUGGUCUUAUUCAACGGAAUGGCUCAAACCAAUCCAUGGGCUGCACUCUAUUUCGUUGCUCUCAUGACAUUUGGAAACUAUGUUCUCUUUAAUCUACUCGUUGCUAUCUUGGUUGAAGGAUUCCAAGAAAGUAAAGAGGAGGAGAAACGUCAGUUGGAAGAGGAAGCCAGAAAGCAAGCUGUCGAAGAAGAAGAUGAACGGAAAAGGGAACUGGAACUUUUGAUUGCUAAAACAACAUCACCAGCAUUCAACAAUGGUGUUCCACCAGCAGAAUGCACUUGUCAGAGACCAUCAUCUCCAGAAGGUUCACCAAUGCUUCUCUCUGCAAAUUAUCAUUUAUCACCGGAAAGAAAACACUCUGUCAACUUGGAUGCCAUUAUUGAUAAGCGAUUAGUACUGAGGAAUACUAUCACACCAUUCGAUAGAUCUCCAGUAUCUGAAGGACGAGCUGAUGAUUCCAGAUUGAACAGGCAUGCCAGUCUGGUGCUUCCAGUAGCCAAUGGAGUACCAUACCGAAGGCAACGAGUACACAGCUGGAGUGGAUUGUGCCAUCAUUUCAAUCCAAACUGUCCAGUUCAUGGAAGGCGAGCACUUAUCGAGACCUAUGCCAGAGAGAAGUUUCUGGAAGCCAGUCAAGAAUUGAAACAAGCACUCGCUGAGGAAGAAAGAAGAAAUGAGGCAAAACAGAACACCUUUGUACGAAAACUUUUGAAGAAAACUUGUCUACACAACCGAACAGAGUUCUCCUUGUUUUUGAUGGGUCCCAAGAAUCCACUCCGGAUCAAAUGUCUGCAAACAACACAGAAAAAAUGGUUUGACUACACAAUCCUUUUCUUCAUCGGUAUCAAUUGUAUCACUCUUGCAAUGGAACGCCCGUCAAUCCCACCUGACAGCUUUGAAAGACGAUUCCUACAAGUGUCGGGUUACAUUUUCACAGUGAUUUUCACUGGGGAAAUGAUGAUGAAGGUUAUUGCGAAUGGAUGUUUCAUUGGACAGUCUGCAUAUUUCAAGGAUGGUUGGAAUAUUUUAGAUGGAAUUCUAGUAGUUAUCUCUCUUAUCAACGUCACUUUUGAACUUCUCGCUACCGGAGACUCUCCCAAGAUUUUUGGUGUUAUCAGAGUAUUAAGGUUACUCAGAGCAUUGAGACCAUUGAGAGUUAUUAAUAGGGCUCCCGGAGUGAAGUUGGUGGUCAUGACGCUGAUAUCAAGUCUCAAGCCUAUCGGAAACAUUGUUCUCAUCUGUUGCACGUUCUUCAUCAUUUUUGGAAUCCUUGGAGUACAGCUGUUCAAGGGAAUGAUGUAUCACUGCAUAGGACCAGAAGUUGGAAAUGUAACCACAAAAGUUGACUGUCUCGAGGAUACACGUAACAAAUGGGUUAACCAUCGAUACAAUUUUGACAAUCUCGGACAAGCGUUGAUGUCAUUGUUCGUGUUAUCCAGCAAAGAUGGAUGGGUUUCCAUUAUGUACCAAGGAAUUGACGCAGUUGGUGUUGAUGUUCAGCCUAUUGAGAACUACAAUGAGUGGAGAAUGAUCUACUUCAUAUCUUUCCUCUUGCUUGUUGGUUUCUUCGUAUUGAACAUGUUUGUUGGAGUCGUCGUUGAGAAUUUCCACAAGUGCAAAGAAGCGUUGGAGCGAGAGAUGAGAGAAAAGGAGAAAGAAAAGAGGCUGAAACGGAAACUGAAACGUCAGAAAUUCGAAGAGAGUAUGGCUGGAAAAAGGAAGAAGAUGGAAAGAAAUUAUCCGUAUUAUCAUGAUUACGGUCAUACCAGACUUUUCUUGCACGGAAUAGUAACUUCCAAGUAUUUCGAUCUUGCAAUCGCAGCAGUAAUUGGAAUCAAUGUGAUAUCAAUGGCAAUGGAGUUUUAUAUGAUGCCAAUGGGAUUGAAAUAUGUUCUCAAAGCCCUCAAUUAUUUUUUCACUGCGGUAUUCACAUUAGAGGCUGCUAUGAAACUCAUCGCUCUUGGCUUCAAACGAUUUUUCAUUGAAAAAUGGAACCGUUUGGAUAUGUUCAUUGUCAUCUUGUCGAUCGCUGGAAUCAUUUUCGAAGAGUUUGAAGCUUUGGAACUCCCUAUCAAUCCAACAAUUAUACGUGUUAUGCGAGUUUUGAGAAUUGCACGAGUUCUGAAACUUUUGAAAAUGGCAAAGGGAAUUCGGUCGUUGUUGGAUACAGUGGGAGAGGCUUUACCACAGGUCGGAAAUCUUGGUUCACUGUUCUUCCUGCUCUUCUUUAUUUUUGCUGCUCUUGGUGUGGAAUUGUUUGGAAAGUUGGAAUGUUCUGAAGAUCAUCCAUGUGACGGAUUAGGAGAACAUGCUCACUUCAAGAAUUUUGGAAUGGCAUUUUUGACACUUUUCCGGAUAGCUACUGGUGAUAAUUGGAACGGAAUUAUGAAAGACGCACUCCGCGACGACUGUGAUUCCUCUGACCACUGUGAAACAAAUUGUUGCGUAGAUCCUAUUCUUGCACCAUGCUUCUUUGUCAUUUUCGUACUCAUCUCUCAAUUUGUGCUUGUCAACGUGGUAGUUGCCGUAUUGAUGAAACAUUUGGAAGAGAGUAACAAAAGAGACGCAGAAGGACCUGCGGAACCGACAGGUGAAAACAUCGAGAACGAGAUCACAAAGUCUGACGACGACGAGAUAGCCGAAGAACCCGAAGUGCUUGCCAUUGAAAACCGAGAUGAUAAAGAAGAGGAGAAUGCUGAAGAUGAGGAGACAGAACCCAGUACGCAGAUUCCAGACGGGCAUGGUGGUAUCAAACGGUUAUCUAUGCAAGUGCUGGAACAAGAAUUAAUCGAAGUUGAAAGAAACAUGGAAGAGAGAUAUCGGCGCGCAAGCGAGUGUCUCGGCGGAGAACUGCAGCCACUAAAUCCAGGAGAGAUCGAAGAAAUAGAGGAUUCUGAAUUCCGACCGCGGAGUAGAUCACAACGACCACGAGCUAGAACCAACAGCGCUUUGAGCAAUAAAAGUCGUGGAUCACAGAAAUCUGCUUUGUAA